GAACUUCACAGAACCACAGAAUUUCAGAGGUGAAAGGGACCUUAGGAACCAUCUAGGCCAACCCAAACCCAAAAAAGAAUCCCUUCUACAAAAUAGCCAACAAGUGGUCCUCCAGGCUCUACUUGAAAACCUCCAAGGAAAGUGGAGCCCACUGUCUCUCGAGAAAUCCCAUUCCACUGUAAUAGGAAGUUUUUUCUGACCUCAAGCCCAAAAUUUACCUAAUUACAAUUUCUGUCAGUUGCUCCUGGUUCUACCCUCUGGGACCAAAUAAUUCCCCCUUCCAGAUGAUAGCUUUUCAAAUACUUCAAAAGAAGUUUUUCUCCAUGCUAACCAUCUCCAUUUCUUACUACUAAUCUUCAUAUGGCAUAUACUUAAAGACCAUCAUCCUAGUUGGCUUCUGAAUGCCUUCCAACUUAUCAAUGUUCUCCCUAAAUCAGGGUGCCCACAACUGAACUCAAUACUUCAUUUAUGGUCUAACCAGGGCAGAGUAUAGUGGGGACCAUCAGCACCUUAUUCCUUUAAGCUGUGUCUCUCUUAAUGUUGCCCAAGAUCACAUUUGCCCUUUGGCUCUCAUAUCACAAUAUUGGCUCAUACUAAAUUUGCAGUCCACUGAAACCCCUCGUAGACAAAUUAAUAUCUAGCCACACCUCCCUCGUUCUGCACUUUUUAACUUAUAUGUGGGAUUUCACAUUUACCCCUAUUAAAUUUCAUCUUAGAUUGAGACCAGCAUUCUAGUCUGUCAGGAUCUUUUACGUACAAAUUUUGUCAUCCAAUGCAUUAAUUCUAGACCAGAUGGGACCGUUGCUCAGCCCUCCCACCCAAAAAGCCCAAUUUUUGAGAUAAGUCAUUAUACUUUAUCACCAGGUCCUAGUAUGGUAGUUUGAAUACAACAUUUGAUUUAUGAAAUAUUAAUGUUUCUUUCAGCUAUAAAUAUUAUAUGUAUAUCACUUACAAAUUCAUACAAGCCUAUAAAUAUUAUUUAAACAUAUUGACUGUCUUCCUAACUAUGUUUUUAAAGGAAUGCCUUGGACCUAAUUUUUUAACAAAGACAUCUCUGAAAGGAUAAUGGAAUUUCAAUACGAAAAUAGGAUUCUGCUUCAGUAAACAUCCAAUUUUCAUGCAUUUUCUAAGAUUUCUACAACCUAAAAAUAUUAUUUAUAAGUCAAAGUUUUCCUCUGCAAAUUCGUGUUCCUCAGAAGUAAAAAUAGUCAACUUUGGAGAACCAGAGCACCGGAGAGUCCCAGACCUGAAUCUUAGCUACUAAGGCCAGAUGGGCUGCAGGGUUGGAAUAUCUAUAUGUGAAUUUUUUUUUAAAGUUUGAUACAAGGUCACUUUGUACCCUAUAUCUUCAUGUUUCUCCAAUCAAUCACAGAGGACAAUUUAGUUAAAACCCAGUUAUGAAGACAAAAGGCCAGAGCACACCAGGUUUGAGGGAAUGCUGACUCGACUAUGCUAAUCUUAGGUGCCAGAGCCAUCUGGGUUACAAUGUCAAUUUUUAGAAAAUCCUGACAGAUUAUAUUACCUUUUAGGCUAGCCUACAUAAGAUGAUCCUGGGAGCCUCAGAUCUGCUCUUAGAAACAGCUAUGCUAUGUAAAUGUGCCUUGGUCAGGACCCACAACUCUAGAUAAGAACCCAGAUGCCUGGUAUCUCUUUACUCCUUUAAUCUCCUCCCCCAGGUUGGCUCCCCAAUACCUCUGGCUGCUCCAUCAUCCCACUAUUCUUUUCCCUACUUUGCCUCUUACCUCUGAAGACCCCAUUAGUCUCCCAUUUUCCCCACCCCCUCAGUCUCUCCACCUCCCCCACCAUGAGCUUCCUGUUCUUCCUUCCCUUCCCUACAUCACCCAUCCCGUCUUCAGCUUGGCUCUAUAAUCCCUGGAUUUUUCAUCUCUGUAUUUUCUCCCUCAGUCUAUUUAGUGCAGUGGAAAGAACAGUAGAUUUAGAGUCAAAGGACCUGGGUUCAAAUCAUAGUUCUUCAGCUUACUACUUUGUAUGCCCAAGGAUUAUUCCAGGUAAUUGGAAUGAUAGAUGAUACUUUGGCCUUGCUAAACCUGGCCUGUAUGAUGAUUAUUACUUUCUUGCCAUACACGUUUUCCUUAAUGGCCUCCUUUCCUGAUGUGCCUCUGGGUAUUUUCCUGUUUUGCAUUUGUGUCAUCGCCAUUGGCCUCAGUCAGGCAGCAAUUGUGACCUAUGGGUUCCAUUACCCAUACUUACUGAAUCGCCAGAUCCAACAGUCAGAGAACAAGGCCUUCUACAAGCAGCAUAUCUUAAAUAUUAUACUCAGAGGACCAGCUCUGUGCUUUUUUGCAGCCAUCUUCUCCUUUUUCUUUUUCCCUGUGUCUUACCUUCUUCUUGGCCUUGUCAUCUUCCUCCCCUACAUCAAUAGAUUCAUCGCGUGGUGCAGAGACAAACUCGUCGGUACCAAACCAGAAGAGCAGCCUCAGAGCUUAGAGUUUUUUACUUUUAACAUCCACGAACCCCUAAGUAAGGAGCGAGUAGAGGCCUUCAGUGACGGUGUAUAUGCCAUCGUAGCAACCCUCCUCAUCCUGGACAUUUGUGAGGACAAUGUUCCUGAUGCCAAAGAAGUUAAAGAAAAAUUUCAUGGCAACCUUGUUGAAGCACUGAGAGAAUAUGGACCAAACUUCCUGGCUUAUUUUGGCUCCUUUGUAACAAUUGGUCUCCUGUGGUUUGUCCACCACUCCCUCUUCCUUCAUGUGAGAAAGACAACCCAGUUCAUGGGCCUGCUGAACACAUUUUCCUUGGCCUUCAUUGGUGGGCUCCCACUUGCCUAUCAGCAGACCACAGAGUUUGCCGAGCAGUCCCACAGUGAAAUAGAGAGCAUCCGUGUCAGUUGCGUCAUCACAUUUUUUGCCAGCAUCUUCCAGUUUGCUAUCUGGAGCACAGCUUUAUUGAAUGAACAGGAGACCCUGCACCCGUUUGCCAGGUAUGGGGGGAAGGAACAUGCCUUCAUGUUUGCCAAACUUGCCCUCUACCCCUGUGUCAGCCUCGUGGCCUUCUCUUCUACCUGCUUCUUAAGUGAAUUCAGUACAACCAUCUUCCACCUCAUGCAGAUCAUCGUUCCUUUUGCUUUCCUCCUCCUGCGCAUACUUGUCCGAAUUGCACUGGCCAUCUUAAGGUCAGUGAUCACUCUGAGCAGACCCGAGGAGACCCUGUUACAAGAUGAGGAGACAAGACUGUGCGCGGCUGAAAUCCUUUCAUGACCCAGCCCUCCGCUGAAGGCUGGCCACACGAGACUUGGGCUCUUUGGAAGGAGGAAGAACAACAAUCUGCCCAAAAGUCAGUCGUAUAUUGUUAGCUCUUUCUUCGUGGUCUUGUUCCUCUGGGUCAUCUCCCCAGAGCCGUGCUUUUGCUCUUUGUAAGACUCAGACAUUGGCAUUUGUGGGGAAGAUCAAAAGUUUUCCUUAGUGGCUGUUUAAGCUAGUGCUUCUCCUGCUAGGAUGAAAUGGAAUGGUGGGCCUACUGAUGGAAGAACCCCUUGUGGGAGCAGUUGCAGGAGGUUACAUGGACCAGCCAUUUCUAGCUCAACUCCCUUCUAGGUGAAAGACACGGUACAGCUGUAGACCUGCCUGAAUUCUCCUUCCCCUUUCUAGCAGCAUGUUGAGUACCUCCCCCGAGUGCUUCCCAAAGUAUGCAGCAGUACCCCACAGCCUAACACCUGCUCUCUGACAGAGCAAGUGUCCAGCAGCAUCACUCUUAGUGUGAAGUUUGUAGGACCUGCAAAGUUAGAUCCAAACAUUCCACAGAAUCGAUGUUCAGCAGUUGGGAAAGCAACAUCCAUACAUGUAAUAGGCUCACAUUGUGUGCAGGCUGUCUUUCUUCCUGUCAUAUGUAACUGUGAAGUUUCUGAAAUGAAAGCCCUUAGCGCUUUGAUAAUCCUUAGGUUUUUCUAAAGUCUCUGUAAAGAAGACAGUGUGUAAUUUCAUAUCAUAAUUCACCAUCUUAAAAAUUCUUUUGUCCUUUGUGUCAUAUCAAACUUUGUUGAUAAAUAAAACUAAUUUCAAUGGUAA